AUGUUUUUUACUAGUACCAAAAAUUUUAAAUUUGAAGACAUUCCGGAUUUAACUGGCAAAGUUGUGGCGGUAACUGGCGGCAACACGGGUAUUGGGUACGUUACGUGUAGAGAACUGGCAAGAAAAAAUGCACAUGUAUUUGUUCUAAGUCGUAGUAUCGAAAGAGGCGAAGCAGCUGUUGAAAAGGUUAAACAAGAGACAAAAAAUCAAAGCGUAGAGUUUUUACAAUUGGAUCUACAAAGUUUAAAAUCUGUUAAAGAAUGCGCUGAAUCUUUUUUGGCUCGAAAAUUACCAUUACAUAUUUUGAUCAAUAAUGCUGGUAUAAUGGCAACUAAGUUUUCUUUAACUGUCGAUGGAAUUCAAGAUCAAUUUGGAACCAAUCAUGUUGGACAUUUUUAUCUUACAAAAUUACUUUUACCAACAAUUGAAGCAUCAGCUCCAUCAAGAAUAGUUAAU